AUGUCCAGGCAGUCCACCAUCACCUUUCAGACGGGCAGCCGCAGGGGCUUCAGCACUGCCUCAGCCUCCGGGCGCCCUCGCUUCAGUUCAGCCUCAGUGGCCCGCACCACAGGGGCCAGUGGAGGGCUGGGAAGAAUCAGUGGCCCAGGGGCCAGCUUUGGAAGCCGCAGCCUCUACAACCUAGGGGGGACCAAGCGGGUCUCCAUCGGUGGGAGUGGCAACAACUUCCGAAGUGGCUUUAGUGGCAGGGCAAGCAGCGGGUUUGGGGUCAGCAGUGGCUUUGGCUAUGGGGGUGGAGUGGGAGGGGGCUAUGGGGGUUCUGGCUUCCCCGUCUGCCCCCCUGGAGGCAUCCAAGAAGUCACUGUCAACCACAGUCUCCUGACUCCCCUCAACCUGCAAAUCGACCCCACCAUCCAGCGAGUACGGAAGGAGGAGCGGGAGCAGAUCAAGACCCUCAACAACAAGUUCGCCUCCUUCAUCGACAAGGUGCGCUUCCUGGAGCAGCAGAACAAGGUCCUGGAGACCAAGUGGAGCCUCCUGCAGGAGCAGGGCACCAAGGCGGUGCGGCAGAACCUGGAGCCCUUCUUUGAUGCCUACCUCAGUGACCUCCGCCGGCAGCUGGACAGUGUCACCACUGAGAGGGGCAGGCUGGACGCUGAGCUGAGGAACAUGCAGGACAUCGUAGAAGAUUUCAAAGUCAGGUACGAGGACGAAAUUAACAAGCGCACUGCUGCUGAGAAUGAGUUUGUGGCCCUGAAGAAGGACGUGGAUGCCUCUUACAUGAACAAAGUGGAGCUGGAGGCCAAGGUCAACUGUCUGACUGAUGAGAUCAACUUCUUACGGAUGCUCUAUGAGGAAGAGCUGUCCCAGAUGCAGACCCAGGUCAGCGACACGUCCGUGGUGCUGUCCAUGGACAACAACCGCAGCCUGGACCUAGACAGCAUCAUCGCCGAGGUCAAAGCACAGUACGAAGACAUUGCCAACCGCAGCCGGGCUGAGGCCGAGUCUUGGUACCAGACCAAGUAUGAGGAGCUGCAGGUCACGGCGGGCAGACACGGCGAUGAUCUUCGAAACACCAAACAAGAGAUCUCUGAGAUGAACCGGAUGAUCCAGAGGCUGAGAGCUGAGAUUGACAACGUGAAGAAGCAGUGUUCCAGCCUGCAAACGGCCAUCGCUGACGCAGAACAGCGCGGAGAACUGGCCCUCAAGGAUGCACGAGCCAAGCUGGUGGACCUGGAGGAGGCCCUGCAGAAGGCCAAGCAGGACAUGGCCCGGCUGCUCCGGGAGUAUCAGGAGCUGAUGAACGUCAAGCUGGCCCUGGACGUGGAGAUCGCCACCUACCGCAAGCUGCUGGAGGGCGAGGAGUGCAGGCUGAGUGGAGAGGGUGUUUCUCCAGUUAACAUCUCUGUGGUCACCUCCACUGUUUCCAGUGGCUACGGCAGCGGCGGCAUCGGAGGUGGAAGCUUGGGUCUCGGUGGGGGCAGCGGCUACUCCUUCACCACCAGUGGUGGGCACAGCUUGGGGACAGGCCUGGGAGGCUCCGGCUUCAGUGCCAGUAGCAGCCGAGGCCUCGGAGGCAAUGGCUCCACCGUCAAGUUUGUCUCCACCACGUCCUCCAGCCGAAAGAACUAUAAACACUAA